UGAGCGUGGACAAUUAUAGCCGUCAAAAAGAUUGUUUAAAAAAUAUAUAUUUUUAUUUUAAUGAUAGAAUAUAGUAUUGUCAUCAGUAUGACGUACCUCUACGAAGUUAGCAGUCGAUACGACAUUGGGAAGACGGUUGAAAUUGAGUUACAAGAUUUUAAGGGUUUCGCCGGCAUUCGAACGGCAGCCAAUAGCCCUGCAGCGGGGCACCAACCCACUCUACAGAUGGGACGGAAUCGUGGGACGCGUGGGGCAAAGAACCGACUGACUCAGCAGCAAAGGUCCGGAGAUAGACCUCUCCCCGAAGAACGCGGACGGCACUCAAACCGAAAUCGGCGAAACAACAAGAGCCACCAGCUUCACGAGCAGAAGGCUUGCCGUGACGUCAGGGACCACGUGGUGAUUUACAGGCAACGUGAGUUGAGCGUGGACAAUUAUAGUCGUCAAAAAGAUUGUUUAAAAAUAUAUAUUUUUAUUUUAAUGAUAGAAUAUAGUAUUGUCAUAAGUAUGACGUACCUCUACGAAGUUAGCAGUCGAUACGACAUUGGGAAGACGGUUGACAUUGAGUUACAAGAUUUUAAGAGUUUCGCCGGCAUUCGAACGGCAGCCAAUAGCCCUGCAGCGGGGCACCAACCCACUCUACAGAUGGAACGGAAUCGUGGGACGCGUGGGGCAAAGAAACGACUGACUCAGCAGCAAAGGUCCCGAGAUAGACCUCUCCCCGAAGAACGCGGACGGCACUCAAACCGAAAUCGGCGAAACAACAAGAGCCACCAGCUUCACGAGCAGAAGGCUUGCCGUGACGUCAGGGACCACGUGGUGAUUACAGGCAACUCACCACAGCCAUUGCCGAUCAUUGCUACAACGCGGUGGGCUCUCAUGAGAUUGAUUUCUCCGAGACUAAGGUGCUCUGCAAGCCCUCUGGCUACCAUCAAAGUCAGUCGACCCGUGGCACCUGGGUCUGCCCCGUGACCUCCUGCCAGCGGGCGUUCGACACUUCACGUGGCCUCAAGGUGAACAUGGCCUGGCACAAGCGUCGUGGUGACGUCACCGCCACUUAGUGACGAAUGGCGGUUGUUGUUGUUUGUGUGUGUGGGGGGUCGCUUUGGUGGUGGUGGUGGGGUCGUAGGUGGGGCGGCCUGCGGCAUCACACAAUCUCCAUCGGUUAAUUUGGGUGAUGCAAUCAACGGCAAUUGUGAGAUGAACUUAAUGAGUAGGAAGGAUUUGGGGGGGGGGGUCAUCAUGUAACCAUUAGAUGUGUGGGGCCAGGUGAAUGUGUGCUGGGUUACUGAUGGUGACGUCCCUGGGAGCGUGCGGGGGUGCCGUUUGGGGGGCUCCGGGUCCCCCCACCCCCCAUAUAUAAAAAUAUAUAUUCUUAGGUUUUUUUGGUAGUCACGUAGGUAAAAAAUUAAAAUUAAUAAAAGUAAAAAUAAAAAAAUCACGACGUUUCGGAGGCAACACAAGCUUCCGUCUUCAGGUGGAACCGUCACAGCACGAUAGCUGUAUCAAGUGAGAGAAAUUCCAAGAAACAGUAUUUGUAUAUAUACUGGUUGAGGGUGGGAGGAGAAAAAACCCUUAGAAUAUGAAUCCUUGCAGUCACGAAAGCUUCAAAUCUAUAAAAAAAAAAACGGUUCACCAUGUGGCCCAGGUUGUACGCGGGGGUUUAAAAGGUAACCCUGCAAAGUUUGGUGGCGAUAAGGAAAUAACACGUACUACCCAGGAACAAAAAAUAAUUGUUUCACUGUUAUCAGAGCAUUUUUGUUUGCAUGUUUUGACACAAGAAUGUGUGGCUAACGCAGACUUGACGCCUUGCAAAGGUAUCUAUAUUUUUUUACUUAACACCUGUUUUUAUUGCCAAAAAUGGUCAAACCAAUUCUCAGUUUUCCUACAACUUGUGCGUCCCCCGAAGCCUUCACUCAAGCCACGCUGUUACAUCUCACCACGCCUGUUAUACGCAUGGAACACGAGUAGUGAGGUUGAGUGGUGAGAAUAACACCGUCCGUUAUAGCGCUGAUCGGGCCCUACACACGUGGCACUAACCCUUUAAACUGCAAGCGAGACAGCUUUCUCCCCAGCACCUCCGUGAACUCCAGGCAAAGAGAGAAGGCAACACGAGUGUUUCUCGCUGGCUUUUAUCCCCAGCGCUACCCCCCCUGCCCCUCCGAUCGACCCAAGCUGCAUUUUUCAUUUUAAAGUUGCCGCUCACCCCUCCUGCUGCUGCAAAGGUCACGUGGGUCAAACCCCGGGCAGCCAAUGCUGCACAUGCAAAGUAACGGGGUGGUGGUGGUGGGUGCAGCUGACUGAAAGGUGUGGACGAAGCAACGGGGAGAGAGACUUAACUACCCCAUUCCAAACCGCUGUCCCUCCCAUCAAUUCCAUCAGCUUCCUCAGAAAGGGCGCUGUAUGAAUGCGAAACUGAAUAGAAUGUGAGGAGCCGAUGGCUGAGAUCUGUCGCCAGCUGAGGUGUUCUGUGGCAACCUCUUAACCUCUUCUUCCUGCCCGGGGCUGGAUGGGACCGAAGGUGGCAGGGGUGGGAGUGCUGUCUACCUGUCGACCUGCCUGAGGUGGCCGUAAGGGGGUGACACUGGCUCCAAGGGGGAGCCAGUGGCCUAGUGUCGUGUCAAUCUUGAUCGGAAGCUUUCGCGACUGCAGGAAUCCAUACUCUUUGGUUCUUUCGGUAAAGUCACGCAGCUUUCCCACCUGAUGACGGACGCUUGCGUUGCGCCCGAAACGUCGUGAUUUAUUUUAUUUUAUACCUACGUGACUUUGCCCGAAAGAACCAUAGAGUAUGGUGUCGUGUCGUCUACAGUUCGGGUACACUGGCUCUGCUGAGCCGGACCUACCAUGGAUUGGUUGCGUCAGCCUGGCUGGCCGAGUCGGGUCCCAACGUUGCCGAGCCAAAUGCCGCUCCCGUCACCGUGCACCGCGGCUCAUGGUGGAACUCUCAGCAGCAGCGAUUCAGAACUCCCUCCCCCUCCUCCCUCCAAGGACCAGAACCAUAAUUCUAGAUUUGAAGCUUUCGUGACUGCAAGGAUUCA